ACCCUCCUCCUCAUCAAAUAAACCAAAAACGCCAAACAAGCGCAUAAGCGCUCCCCAAAAGCCCCAGCGCGCGAGGUCCCUCCGACCCCCCACCACGCGCGGGGUGGUGGCUGAGCCCAUGUCUGAACCGCACGCCCCGCCUCCUCCGCCGCUCUAUAAGCAGCAUUCCUGGUCCCCUGACGCCUACCGAGACGAGGCAUGGCACCGCCGCAAGAAGAUCAACGGCAGAUCGAAGCUCCAGCGCAGCAAGAGCGUCACUGACGAAGACCUCGACGAGUUGAAAGCCUGCAUCGAACUCGGGUUCGGGUUUAACUCGCCCGAGUCGGAUCAGCGGCUCGCCGACACCCUGCCCGCUUUGGGACUUUACUACGCGGUUAACAAGAGUUAUUACGACUCGGUAUCUCACAAGUCUACGACGACCCCAACGUCGUCGUUUUCGCCAACCCCGUCCGAGUGCGACUCGGUGCCCUCCCCCGUGGGCAGCCCGCAUACAAUCUUCGGACCCGGAGAUACGCCGCAGACGGUGAAGGCGCGGUUGAGGCAGUGGGCCCAGGUGGUUGCGUGCACGGUGAGGCAGAGUUCUUGAGCUGAUUGAUUAAUAUAUGUAACCAAACCAAACUGGAGUUAUGAAUGUAACCAAACAUCAACGUCAAAAACUUGGUCUGUGAUUAUUGACUGUGAUCUCCCAAUUUCCCACCGACUUUGAUGGAUUAAAAAUAAUAAUUAGGAGGGAUUAAUUUUUUUUUUCUUUUUCAAACAGUAGUUGUAAUGUGAACCAACUUGUUGUACUGGGAUGGAUUGACCUUUUGCUUUUGGUUUCUUUAAUUGGUAAUUUCGCUAUGUUCUAUUCUA